AUGUUUCAAUUAGAAAUAAUUUAUGUUUUCAUAUUAUUCAAAUAUAAUUUUGCUGUUCAACAAGCCGUAACGACGUGUCCAGCGUGGUGCCACGGAAAUCAAUGUGCACUUGAAUCGUGCUGGAUUGAUAUAUUAGAUGAUCAACACCCUGAAAUAAGAAAUAUUUCUUAUCUAAUGCCAAUGUUGCACAUUGAUGGUUGUAAAAUUGAAGAAAUUCCUCAAAACUUGUUUGCGAGCGUUACAAUUUUGAAUACAAUGUACGUAGUUGAUUGCGAUGACUUUAAUAAUAAAUUUUGGACUGAUGAACAAUUCAUAGCUCCGUUAUCUGAGAUUUUAUAUGGUUUAAUGGUUGAUGGUCCGAGUGUUCCAACGGCCGGUUAUAACGAAAAUAUUUUAAAAGAUUUUACACAGCUCUCGAACAUUUAUUUUGGUGCAGAAGUAACAAAUGUCGAAUUUUUGAAAUAUUUAAAAAACGUCAAAAGAUUACAUUUUAGUGCAACCAGUAGCGAUGUUUAUGAAAAAUGUUUAGCCAUGGAAAAUUUGCAUGAAACUUUAACUACCUUAUCCAUUUUGUUAGGAAAGGCUUUAACGUUAGAAGCUGAAAAGUUUAAAAAAUUCAAAAAUCUCAAAAGUAUACAGGUCGUUGGCAGUCCUUCAAAAAUCCACAAAAACAUUGUUAAAAUUUUAGACAGAGUAAAUAUAACUUUUGUUGACGAUAAAUUAGCUAGAGAUUAUUUCGAAGAAUUGAAAAAGUUGAACAAAACAUCAACAGAACAAAUUAUUUCUAAUACUUCAAAACCUCGUCCGAAAACUAAUGAACGUGAAAGAAAUUUUUCUGAAUCACCAACAUUUUUAAACGAUUUUCCAAAAGUUUUGAACCUACAAGUUAAUUAUUUAAACGAAAGCAAACUUGUUGUAAGCUGCCAAGUAACAGGAGGCUCUCAAUUAAAAGUUUAUAUAGUUUUUCCAAACGGGACGAAACUAAUUUUUUCCCUGUCAUAUGAAGAUGAUUUGAAUUCAAUUGUACAUUAUGAGGAGUACUCGGAGUAUAAUAAAGUGCGAGGUUAUUACACGUGUCAGAACACAUUGCAUCAGCAAAGAGUGGAUUUCGUCUGGGCACGUGAAACAAUACAGACGAAUGAAUGA